AGUUCACAAUAGGUGGAUCAAAUUGCAAUGUAAAACUGUCAAUCUCUGCGCGAAGAUCACGCGAUCCUACAGAGAUCUGAUUCGCUGCUUUAAAUAAAAUACUAAUCCAAGUUCAGUUUCUCGGAAUCUCAAACAAAACAGGGCUGUAUUUUUCUCAGCAAUUCGUGAUGGAGUCGCUUCUAAAAAACCUCAAAGAGCAUGUAACAUGUUCGAUUUGUUUGGAUACUUACACUAAACCGAAGACCAUCGCUUGUCUUCAUACGUUCUGCUGUGAAUGCCUGGAGAGACAUGCACUAACGAGCCAAAAACAAGGGUUUUAUCGAUGCCCCGAGUGUCAGGCACAAAUUGGCAUCCCUGAAGGAAAGCGUUUUGAUAAUCUACCAAGCAGUUUUCUGCACAACAGUUUGUUGAGUCUUCUCGCCGUUCGACGCAGCGGCGAGGGAAAUGAAAUCAGCUGUAGUACAUGCCAGAAGAAGAGCGCUGAGAUCAACUACUGCUUUGAUUGCGAGAAGUUUAUGUGCCCAGACUGUGUGAAAGCACACGAAGUGUUUCGAGAAACUUUGUUUCAAGGACACAAAGUCACACCAGUGCGACAGUUUCAAGCUACAGACUACGAGGCGUUGUUGAAACGGCAGUCAUUUUGCUCCGUUAAGUAUCACGAGAAAGAAGUGACAAAGUUUUUCUGCGUGGGCUGUCAAAGCUGCGUGUGUCAGGUUUGCAUCGCCACUGAUCACAAGAGCCACGAUGUUGUUCCGCUUGAAAAGGCAGCGGACGAUGAAAAAGCAAACAUCAUUGCCGGAGCAAAGCUGGUCAAAGAGAUGAAGGAGGUCUGCCGAGGCGUUAUUCGUGAAUUUGAAAACACGGAACAUGAGUUGGAAACGAAAAUUACCACAGCUAAACGCCAAGUCUCCCAAGCAACCGAACAGAUGAUGGGAAAGCUUCGCCAACUAGAACGUGAAGCCAUUACUGCCCUAGAGAAGAGUCGCGUGUCAAGGAUUGAGAAAUUACAUUCUGGAAAAGCAUCGGUUGUCUCUUUCGAAAAGCAACUUGACCAAGCAUUUGAGUUCAGUAACAACCUGGUUGAAAGAAGCUCAAGUUCAGACAUAAUGCAAAACAAGAAAAAUGUAGAAGAACGAAUCAAAGACCUCAUCGAGACCACAAUGCCUGCACUUCCGGUUAGCUCGUGUGUGGAGUUUGUGUCGACAUGUGAACCAGAGAGUUUGAGUCUGGGAUUUACGAAAUUCAGCAAGACAGAUGUGCAAGGAUCGACCGUGGAAGGACUGGAUCAGAAUAUCCAAGCUGGUGUAGAGGCAGAGCUACUAAUUUGUCUCAAAUCAAGCGAAGGAGAAAUCAGAAACACUCAGCACACAGAUCGUGUUGAAAUACACAUAGACCCUGCGGAUCAGGCGAGGAGUUUGGUGAAGAGUGAAAAAGAGGAUGGAAAUUUCCAAGCAAAAUUUGUAGCAAAAGUACCAGGUACUUAUAAAAUAGAAGUAAAGAUAAAUGGACAGAAACUUGCCCGAAGUCCAUUUUCUAUUCUGGUCAAAGCACGAGAGUUAAAUGUUAUAGGCAAGUUGGACGUUCAGGGAGAAAUGCUGCAAGGUCCUGCCGGCAUUGCAGUGAACAGUAAAGGUGUUAUUGCAGUGGCUGAUCUGAAUCGUCAUUGUAUCCUGGUAUUUGAUGAGACAGGAAAGUUUGUGCGAAAAAUUGGUUCUUAUGGAGGCGAGGAUGGACAAUUAGCGAAUCCAUCUGACGUCACAUUCCUAAACGAUGACGAGAUUCUGGUUGCUGAUCAAGGUAAUCACCGAAUACAGCAGUUGAAUGUUCAGACAGGGAACUUUGUGAAAAGCUUUGGAAAAUGGGGAAUUGGAGAUGGAGAGUUUAAGAAUCCUGCAAGUGUUUGUACAACCAGUGAUGGAUGUUUUAUCGUUGUAGCGGAUUUUAAUAACAGCAGAAUUCAAGUGUUUACAAUGGAUGGUGAACCCGUGUUUAAGUUUGGAGACAGCGGCCCAGAGAGGCUGAAUCAUCCACUCAGCUGCGUUUGUUACGAGGAAAAGUUCAUUGUAACUGACCUUAAUAAGAACUGUGUGAAAGUGUUUGAUGGGAAAGGACAGUUUCUGUACAAGUUUGGAGAAAAAGGAAACGGUGAUGGACAGUUGAAUCAGCCGUAUGGCUUAUGUGUUGACAAGCAUAACAACGUUCUCAUAUGUGAUUGGGAAAAUAAUCGAGUGCAACAGUUUACAUUGGAAGGAACUUUCACUGGAAAGAUAAGUAGUAAUUUUCAAUUAGGAUGUCCCUGCAGUGUUACCCCAAUGCUAGAUAAUCGGAUAUUGGUCACAGACUUCGGAGUGAAAGAAGUUUACAUUCUGAAAUGA